UCACACACUCGCAGUCAUUCAUUGAACCUCCCUUGGACUCGCACUCUGCUUACCUACCGUGGCUGUUGGGACGAUGUUUGCGUGCAGAGCGGCCUGGCAGAGGUGUGGGCCUCUGGCGCGACAGUCACUGUACCGCGCACACCUCUAUAGGGAUGUUGUUCCUCGGAGGCUUAUGUCUUCGGUUCCUGGUGGCUCGGGAGAGAAUUUGCUUUAUGUUGUUCUCUGUGGUGGAGUGUUUGCAGGUGCUUUGACAUAUACUUACAGAACAAUUGGAAAAGACCGUGACCGUGUGAAUGAACGCCUCACGGAAAUCAAAGCGCGUCCCAAGGCUGAGUGGAAGCCCAAACCAUGGCCACCCAAGAGUAGUACUAGGGAUGAUGGUGAUGAAGCCAAUGGGAUAGUAGCAGAGGAGGAUGUCAAUGCUGUAGCUAGUGAGAUUGAGGCAGAACCAGAGGUCCUAAUGGAAGUGGCUCAGGCCAAGGAUGCUGGGUCUUUGGAGACUGUUGUGGAGAAGGUUGCUGAAAUGGUUGCUGAGACUGCGGAGGUGGUCGCUGAGGUGGCAGAGGUUGUUGCCGAGACGGCCGAGGAGGUGGCGGCUGUAGCGCAGGAAGUGGAGAAGCUGGCACAGGAAGUUGAGACGGCGGCAGAGGCAGUCGUAGCUCCGGUCAUCCAGGCUGAAGAGCCUUCGUCAGAGAGCAAUGUGGUGAAGUCAGAGUCGGUCAGCCUUGAAACAUUGGAGAUGGCUGCUGCCUCUGUUCUUGAGGUUCCUGUGAAAUCUGUGUCAGUGGAGGAUGUGGAUGCUGGCACAGAGACUACAGUGCAGACUGAAGCUGCUCCAGAGAGGCCUAUUAAUGUGCCUCCAGCAGAGGAAUUAGAAAGUGAACCAGUAAUAGAGGCAGCAUCUGUUGCUUCACCAGUUUUCGCAGAAGAGGCACCUUUUGCAGAGGAGGUAUCUGUUCCCGCAGUGAUAGAAGAUGUCCCAGCAGAAGAGAGUGUGAACGCUGAUUCCCCAGUAACUUCAGAAGAGGCACCAGUAACCCCAGUAGCAGAGGAGGCACCAGUUGAUUCACCAGUAACCCCAGUAGUAGAGGAGGCACCAGUUGAUUCACCAGUAGCAGAGGAGGCCCCAGUUGAUUCAGCAGUAACCCCAGUAGCAGAGGAGGCACCAGUAACCCCAGUAGCAGAGGAGGCUCCAGUUGAUUCACCAGUAAACCCAGUAGCAGAGGAGGCUCCAGUUGAUUCACCAGUAACAGAUGAUGAGGCACCAGUUGAGGAUGUCCAAGAGUCACCAGCUGUAGAGGAUGUGACUGCAGAAAGUCCAGUGGUGGAGGUUUUAGAAAGUGUGGUUGAGGAAGCACCAGCAAGUCCAGUUGUGGAAAUUACAGAUGUAAAUGCUUUGGAAAAUCCAGCUGAAUCGAAAGAUUUCAUAGUGGUUGUCUUGGAGGGAGCUCCUAAAUCAGAAAAGAAACCCAAGGUCCUGGGUGUAUCCCCCUUAACCGGUAAAAUCAUUCCGGCCCCUGAUGAUGAUGUGGAGCCAUCAGGUCAGGUAACAGGCCAAGCGCCGAUUGCUUAAAGUGCAAAUGCAUUAGUACCAGCUAAGAAACUUAAGUUGUGAGAGGUCAGAUGUGGGAUAGUAAACCAGUUCCUUGAUCAAGAAUUAGCGAUGUGCCUUCCCUUUUCCCCAUUUCCUGCUUUAACUUUGAGCUCACAAUCAACUCAAUGUAUUUGAUGCAAUAUCAGCACUUAUCCAAAUACUAUUACUACAUGGUGUAUAGUACCUUCCACUUUGAAUACACUUGUCCUUCACAUUUACAACACUUUAUGCAAUAGGUGAAAAAGCUGUGAUCUUGAUACACUUUUAGCUGUUUUUAAAUGGAACUACACCCUCUGUUUACUAGUCAACUGCACGAUUGAGCCUAUUAUACUUUAGUUAACUCUACCUCAAACUUUACACUAGUAGGACAGGUUUCUUAUUGCAAUGUCAAUCAUUACUAUACCAGCACUGCAAAAUUGCCAAGCAAACACACUGCCAUACCUGCACGAUAAUCACCAUUAAUAGCCGGUUAGACCUCAGGUUCUCCUCUUCCUUGACUUGUUUAUCAAUUGUCAUUAUUUCUGAUACCACUACCUCACCUUGAGUCAUGUUACUCACCUUGAAAAUGCAAAGUAUUCUGUAAUAAAACUGUAUUUUUCACUUGCA